GGAGCUGCUGCCGCAGUGUUAUGUUGCUGCUGCUCCAACGCCUUUCCGCACAAGUCAUUUGGAGAAGCUGGAGACGAGAACUCUCUUUUACAUUUUCUACACCAGCCCCCGCCUGCUGCUGCAGGGCUAUGCUGCGGUGGAGCUGACGCGGCGGCAGUGGACUUACCACAAAGAAUGGCGGAAGUGGUUUAGAGCAGCAGAAGCUCCAGGUGUCUCCUCGCUGCGGAAGCGUCUCCCGGAGGGGGGCGAUCCGCUGAGCAGCAGCAGCAGCAGCAGCAGGAUCAGCAGCAGCAGCAAGGGAGCAACGGCAGCAGCUGCGAAGAGGGCCAGGCCGGGAGUGCAACAGCAGCCAAGGCACCAGCUGCAGCAGCAGCAGCUGCUGCAGCAGCUGCAGUUGCUGCAGUUGCUGCAGCAGCUGCAGCAGCAGCAGCUGCUGCAGCAAUUGCAGCUGGGGCUGCGACUUCUUUUUUACUGUCGCUAUUCGCUGCAACAGUCUUUGCUCUUAUUUUCGUAUGUGGGCGCGCUUCCGGCUUCUUGCUUCCUCCCCGAGGCGGAACUGAGAAUGUCACUGCAGCAAGGUUAUAAGGAAGCAGAAUUGAAUCAGGAGCUGCAGCAGCAGCAGAUGCAGCAGCUAUACCUUGAGCACCAGCAGCACUUGUCGCAGCAGCAGCAGCCCCUCGAAAACUUCCAGGAAGAGAAGCAGCUGCUGCUGCACCGGCUGCGCAGCGGGGGUUUGGAGUGUACAGACACCCUGCGCUCCUGCCUCCAGGAGCUGCAGAUACACCUCACCGCCCAAGAGGGCUCUUCUCUUUCUUUCAAAAAUGCUUUAAAACAUAAACCCAAUUUCAUUUCAAACCCUCCGGCCCUUUUGGCUGAACUCUGGCUGGUCCACGGGGACCUCUAUCCGGACAGGUCCCACGAAAACUACCCGGACCUCGGCAAGCCAAACCCUAAACCCUAA